AUGGAAAUGGAAACGAAACCUCUGACUGGUACCCAUCCAGACGAAAGCCAAGUGACCGCAGAGGAGUUUGGAGACCGACAGUCUGUCUUGGACAGCCCAAUCUCUUCACGGGAAGAGCUGGAAAUUACUCUAUUUGCUGAAGACAAUUCUCAGGAAAUGGGUAAUGGAGUUUCUGAAAAGUUAGGUAAUAGUUUGGGAGGAUAUGACGAGGUCGAGACAGUGACUAGCGUCAGGAAGGAUGAUCAAGAUAAAGAGACGGUGACAUCAAGCACAAAAACGGAUUGUUACAUAGAAAGGGAGAACCUGAGUUAUGAGCCCGGGAACCCCGAUUGCUUGGUUCACGAGCUUGAGAAUCCAAAUGUAACUACUGGUUGUGGAAGUUCUAGGUUAAUCAAUGAAGGAGAGCCUGGAGUGGAUGAUGACUUGAAGAGCGUUCUCGCUUUUCAACCGACUACUUGUUCAGUUGAUUUCCAAACUCCUAUCCUAGACGUGAAAUUUAAUCCAGAGAAAAAAAGUCUCAGAGAACAAGUGUUUCUUCGAGGCACUUCUCACCGCAGAAUCUAA